AGCAACAGAGAGCCGAUAAAAGCACUUUAAAUGACCUCUAAAAUCCCGAUGUGAGGGAAACCGAGCUGGCUCUGCUCCUGAGAGGGACCUGCUGCAGGGAAAGUUGAGGUUGCUCUGACGUCCUGAAUGUUUGGUUUUGGCUCCAGCAGAAGAAGGGUCCUCUCUUUAACACGCAGCUGCAUCCAUCACUGUGUGGGUCCUGCAGCAUGGUGCACCUUAAACCAACACCCUUAGAACAAUCCUUCACUUCCUCCAGAGAUAACACUCCGGCCUGUGAAGAGGCAGCAAGCAGGAGGACAGAAGAGGUCCUGUGAUCUGAGAGUGAAUGAAGCUCUGUCACAGGGUAUAACCGUGCGCGUCCCCGUGACACUGAACGGGAGCGCGCUUUAUGUAACGGAUACGGCACAUUAAAGGAGCUCAAACUCAUUCGUUGUUUCCGAGCAGCAAGUGUUUCAACUUCUCAAACCUUUUUCACGAGGACUUUAAUAAAUAUUCUGAUUCACUAUCUGACUGUCAUUCUAUCAGAGAACCACCUCCAGAGAGACCGGCUUCAGGUGUUCAGGGACUCUGUGCUCCUGAAGGCUCCUCUGUGGAUCUGCUCUGCUCUCCUCACUCCCCCUCCAUGAGAUGGUUCACUGUGCGUCUCGAUGGACCCUAUCACCAGGAGGAGGUGUCUGCAGACGGAGAGCGAGUGACGGUCAGCGAGUCUGCUGAGAGGAACCUCACUCUGAGCAUCCGAGAGCUGAGAGGCAGCGAUGCUAACACGUACUGCUGCAAAGAGCCUGCAGAGAGCCCUGCAGUCUGCCAGGGGAACAGCACCCAGCUGCAGGUCGCAGAGCUACAGGUCCUGGUCCUGCCCGGCUCAGAGGUUCGGACGGUGUCUCUGACCUGCAACAGCAGCUGUGCUCUGAGGGUCCAGCCUGGGGGCUUCCUGUGGUUCAGGAACUCAGAGCUGCUGCGUCACAACUUUGGUCCCUGGAACCAGCAGCUGCUCAGCGGGGGGGAAGCAGCCUCCUACUCCUGUGCUGUCAGAGGACACCCGCAGCUGAGAGCCCCCCCGGUCUCAGUGGACUCUGUCACAGAGCGCUGCUUCACCGUGACCUACGCUUACGGGAGGAUGUGUUCCUCCAAUCAGAAACCAGAGGACCAGCCCUGCUCCAUCACAUAUCCUACAGAGCUUCAUAUCCAAAUAUCUGAAGUGGAGAAUAUGUUCACACUGACCUGCAGCGGCAGCUGCCCGGACGCCACCCCCCCCCCGGUGAGCUGGUUCUGGGACAGAGAGAUCUCCCCCGAGUGUGAGAGUCAAACCCUCACUGUGUACGGCCUGUCCUCUCAGAGCCUGUCCUGCGCUGUGAAGGGACACCAAGACCUGCAGUCUGAGGAAGUCUGUGUUGAGAAAAGCUCUGACUGCUUGAGUGUGAAUUACGUCAGGCGAAGGCUCUGCGUUCUGGAAGGAUCUUCAGUGAAUAUUUCCAGUGAAUACUCCAAGAUGCUGCUCUUCCAUAAAAGUCAUUGGAUCAAAGUCCGAGGAAGUGAGGAUCCUGAGACUCUGAGCGAAGCUGCAGGUCGACUGGAGGUUUAUGACGACAUGGAAAGUAAAAAUGUCCUCAGAAUCCACAACCUGACGAAGAAUGACUCAGCAGAAUACAUGCUCUCAUUCAAGGGAGAUUAUGAAAACUGGGGAAAUGAAUGGGGAGUCACUUUGGUGGUCACAGGGCUGGAGGUGCACUUCAGUCCUUCUGCAGAGGUGAAGGCGUUCCAGAGAGUCUCACUGAGCUGCAGCUCCAGCUGUCCUCUGACCAACAACACAAACUACAUCUGGUUCUUCAACGGACAACCUCUGACCCCGAACCAGAACCAGAACAAACACCUGCUUCUGGACCCAGUCAGCAGUCAGCAUGCAGGAAACUACUGCUGUGCUGUCAGAAGCAACGUCAACAUCCGCUCUGCUGAGGAGACGCUCUCCGUCAUAGCUCUGACCUCCAUAGCCGCAGUGAAUGUGAUGAAGCUGAUCCUGUUGUUCGUGAUCCUGCCGGCCGUGUUCCUCCUGCACCUGAUCAGCAGCAGGAAGAAGAAGAGCGUUGCUGCUGAGCCCAGAGACGUACAAUCUGGAACGAUGGAUGCGCUGCAUGAGAGCAUCCCCCUCCGGACAGUGAGACAAACACAACAACAACGGGACGAUUAACUACCAGCAGAGACACAAGAUGUCUAAGAGUCAUUAACAAAGCCCUUCAUUUGGAAGUAGGGACAAACCAAGCUAAUUUACACUGAAUUAAAAAAGCAUCUUCCAUUAUGUACAGUCAGUAUGGAAUGAAAUAAAAUGCUUUCCCCAAAAACUAAAAGUACAAUUCACAAAAGUGUUCAUAGAUGUUUUUCCUUUAUUAACCCUUUCUAUGUUUGGAUAUUGUUUGAAUAUACUGAGUGCUUUGAUUUCCUCAGGAGUAAACAUUCAGACUUUGUUUUAAGGGUAAGUUGUGUUUCCUCCCCUACAUUUAUUCAUGUAUGCUUUUAUUGUUUCU